AUGCUGCGCCUCGCGGCCAAGGUGGUUUCCUUCUUCUGGAGGAAGGCGGACUGCCCAGAGGAGGAGGCCGGGCCUCUGGGGCCCGAGCUCGUGGAAGGUGACACCAGGUUGAAAACUGUCCAGGGUGUUGUGACAAGAUACUGCAGUGAUUAUGGCAUGAUUGAUGAUUUGAUCUACUUCUCCAAUGAGGCUGUGACUAGCAAAGUGCUUCUAAAUGUCGGACAGGAAGUUAUUGCAGUUGUGGAAGAAAAUAAGGUGUCAAAUGGACUGAAAGCAAUCCGGGUGGAAGCUGUCUCGGAUAAAUGGGACGAUGACAGCAAGAGCCACAGUGGGGGGCUCUCGGACUCCAGCCCCCGGGUGCUGAUCGGCUGCGUGACCUCGCUGAUGGACCGCGCGGGCUACAUCAGCCAGACCACGUACUUCUCCCUGGAGAGUGUGUGUGAAGGUUUCAAGCCCUGCAAGGGAGACUGGGUGGAGGCUGAGUACUGGAUCCGGCCAGGCACAUGGAGCAGCGAGGCCAUCUCGGUGAAGCCGCUGAGAUACAAGCGCGUGGACCGGGUCUGCGUGUCCAGCCUUUGUGGGAGGAAUGGGGUGAUCGAUGACUGCAUCUUCUUCACCUUGGACUCCCUGAAGCUUCCGGAAGGCUACCUGCCCCGCAGGCACGACGUGGUCAGCGCGGUGGUGGUGGAGAGCAGCCAGUCCUGCUACCUGUGGAGGGCACUGUGCAUGACUCCGGUGCAAAGGGACUUCUCUCCCGCCACGGGGACUGCCGAAGAGGCCUGUGGAGCCCUUUUGCUCAAAAACAAAGGUGACAUUGAAGUCACAAGGAUGACAAAUUUUGGAACUCUGAAAGAAGGAGAAAGCAAAAAUAUGGUGAUCUGGAUAGAGAAUAAAGGAGAUGCUCCUCAAAACUUAGUCAGCUGCAAGCUGGGCGGCUGGGAUAAAGCUCAACAGUUCCGAUUUCACAUGCUGGACAAGAGCCAACUGUGCCCUGAAGUGUCUCCUGUUUGUGUUCCUCAGGAGGAGAAGGCUUCUGCAGAUGAAGACAUUAACUCGCUGGACAGCUGCGGGGGAAGCACAGCCGGGCAGCCCCUGGGGAGCAGCUGGGUGCAGAGCAGAGGAGUCCCCUCAGGUGACUCUGCCUGUAAUGGAGAAACUGGACUAAAGCAGGAGAACACACCACAGAAGCAGGUGACAGAGCCCGAACCCGCUGGGCUCAUCCCUCCAGGGGGAGAAACUCGGAUCGUGAUCACCUGUGAUGCGAAGAAUUCUGGCCGCUGCAGGGAGCUCCUUCUGCUUUGCUUCUCCAAUUUCAUAAUCGGGCGAUACCUUGAAGUAAAUGUUGUAAGUGAGGAGGAGUCACUGAUAGCUGUCCACGAACCCUUUUCAUGGAAGAAGUCUAAAAGUUCCCAGGUGUUAGCUUCCACCAAAACCACAGUCGUCGUGACCACACAGAAAAGGAACUCACGACGACAACUUCCCAGCUUCCUCCCGCAGUACCCGAUACCAGACAGGCUUAAAAAGUGUGUGGAACAGAAAAUCGACAUCCUGACCUUCCAGCCGCUGCUUGCAGAGCUUUUGAAUAUGUCAAACUACAAGGAGAAGUUCUCAACUUUGCUCUGGCUGGAGGAGAUUCAUGCAGAAAUAGAACUGAAGGAGUAUAAUAUGAGCGCGGUCACCUUGAAAAGAAAUGGGGAUCUGCUCGUUCUGGAAGUCCCAGGACUGGCUGAAAGUCGGCCUUCUCUGUAUGCAGGUGAUAAACUGAUUUUAAAAACCCCAGAGUACAAUGGACACGUGAUCGAAUACAUCGGCUACGUGACUGAGAUUCAUGAAGAAGAUGUAACUCUUAAACUUAAUCCAGAAUUUGAACAAGCAUAUAACUUUGAACCUAUGGAUGUGGAAUUUACAUACAACAGGACCACCAGCAGACGAUGCCACUUUGCUCUUGAACAGGUCAUCCACUUGGGGGUAAAAGUGUUGUUUCCAGAGGAAAUCAUUUUACAGCCUCCCCAGGUGACAUGGAAUUGGACCCAUGCACAAGACACCAAAAAUGACGGACAGUCUACCUCCAAGAAUAGGAAAGCCAUGAAGGACCAAACUAACCAAGCCCCAGAGGAGCACCAGGCAGGUGCCCAGAACACACCAGUGCCUCAGGCCUUCGCCACAGAUAUCAGCAGGCUGGUCAGUGGAUCCCCGAAGGUGAGAGAAAAGGAGUUUUUCAACCCCAUGCUCAACGAGAACCAGAAGCUGGCGGUGAGGAGGAUCCUGAGCGGAGACUGCCGCCCAAUCCCCUACGUGCUUUUCGGGCCUCCGGGGACAGGGAAGACGGUGACCAUCAUAGAGGCCAUCCUGCAGGUCUUCCAUGCUCUGCCGGACAGCCGGAUCCUGGUGUGUGCACCCUCCAACAGCGCGGCCGACCUUGUGUGCCUGCGGCUUCACGAGAGCCGGGCGCUGCGUCCAGGCACCAUGGUCCGCGUGAACGCCACCUGCAGGUUUGAGGAGACUAUCACAGAGGCCCUCAGGCCGUACUGCAGAGACGGGGAAGACGUCUGGAAGGCCUCUCGCUUCAGGGUGGUCAUCACCACCUGCAGCAGCGCAGGGCUGUUCUACCAGAUAGGCUUGAGAGUCGGACACUUCACGCACGUGUUUGUGGAUGAAGCGGGCCAGGCGAGCGAGCCCGAGUGCCUCAUCCCCCUGGGCCUGGUCUCGGACGUCAGCGGCCAGAUUGUCCUGGCUGGAGACCCCAUGCAGCUGGGACCAGUCAUCAAGUCCAGACUUGCCAUGGCCUACGGGCUGAACGUCUCCAUGCUGGAGAGACUAAUGUCCCGACCAGUGUACCUGCGUGAUGAGGACGCUUUUGGGGCCUGCGGCGCCUACAACCCCUUGUUGGUGACGAAGCUUGUGAAGAACUACAGGUCCCACUCGGCUCUGCUGGCCCUGCCGUCCAGACUGUUCUACCACCGAGAGCUGGAGGUGUGCGCCGACCCCGCCGUGGUGACCUCCCUGCUGGGCUGGGAGAAGCUGCCCAGGAAGGGCUUCCCCCUCAUCUUCCACGGAGUGCGGGGCAACGAAGCUCGAGAGGGACGCAGCCCAUCGUGGUUCAAUCCUGCCGAGGCCGUGCAGGUCAUGCGCUACUGCUGCCUGCUGGCCAGGAGCGUCUCCAGCCAGGUGUCCGCUGGCGACAUUGGCGUCAUCACACCCUACCGGAAGCAGGUAGAGAAAAUCAAGAUUCUUUUGCGAAAUGUUGAUCUGAUGGAUAUAAAGGUUGGAUCCGUGGAGGAGUUUCAAGGGCAGGAAUACCUGGUCAUCAUCAUCUCCACUGUAAGGUCAAAUGAAGAUAGAUUUGAAGAUGAUAGAUAUUUUUUGGGAUUCUUGUCUAACUCAAAAAGAUUUAACGUUGCAAUCACCAGACCCAAAGCCUUGCUGAUCGUAGUGGGAAACCCUCACGUCCUUGUCAGAGACCCCUGCUUCGGGGCUCUGCUUGAGUACUGCAUCGCCCACGGCGUCUACACAGGCUGCGACCUGCCGCCCGAGCUGCAGCCGCUGCGGGAGUGA